AUGGAUCAGAACGAGAGUGCCACUCGUGCAAAUGCCAACCCAUUUUGCAGAGAGAAAGGGGCGGAGCUCGGUUGGAGGGCGGCCUCUGCUGGCUGGCUGUCUCCGCCCCCGGAAACGGAGGCCACCGAGUCUCCAGUCCUGGAGGGGCCGCUUCCGCCUGUCUUCCCCCGCAGUCCGCCCGCGGGGACGCAGAGGCGGCCUGGGCCCUGCUGCUGCUGCCGCCGCUCCUCCUUCCCAGGAGAAUCCUCUCUUCAUAGCCAAAGUUGGGGUCCAUCUGGGAAGAUGGAAGCUAAGUUCUGUGAGACGGAAAGAGCCCCUUCAGAGGAAGGGCAGUGGGCCCAGUCCCAGGAGUGUGCCCAAGAUGCCCUCUCAUGCGGCAGUAAAGAGACAGUGUUGAUCCAUUCGCUCUGCGGAAGUGUGGAAACAGCUGCUGCGCUUCCAGACUUGGUAGCAGGGAAUGAUCAGUGGAAUGAGCGUGAUCGGGACGUGCAUCAGCUAUUGCCAGAUAAAGUGAAGAAUGAAUAUUUGAAAGGAAACUCCAUGAGUCAAGGCAAACUAAAGAGGCAAAAAGAAAGUCACAUGGUCAAGAAGAGAGAUAAACGCAUUCCUGGCCAACAGCAGGAUGUCUGUAAACUAGUCCACGUGGUGGAGGCGGCGUGCAAGUGCUUACAGUGUGGAAUGAACUUCUCGGAUCAAGCCCAAUAUGAGAACCAUUUGCAAAUACACAGUGGAAAGAAGACGCAUCAAUGCAUGGAGUGUGGCAAGAGCUUCCUUCAAUGCUCAGAGUGUGGAAAGAGAUUCAGUCAGAAUGGCCAUCUUCAACAGCAUGAAAGAACCCACACAGGGGAGAAACCUUCUGAAUGCUCAGAGUGUGGAAAGAGAUUCAGUGACAGUGGCCAUCUUCAAAGGCAUCUAAGAACCCACACAGGGGAGAAACCUUUUGAAUGCUCAGAAUGUGGAAAGAGAUUCAGUGAAAAUGGCAAUCUUCAAAGUCUUCAACAGCAUCAAAGAACCCACACAGGGAAGAAACCUUUUGAAUGCUCAGAGUGUGGAAAGAGAUUCAGUCAGAAUGGCAAUCUUCAACAGCAUGAAAGAACCCACACAGGGGAGAAACCUUUUGAAUGCUCAGAGUGUGGAAAGAGAUUCAGUCAGAAUGGCAGUCUUCAACAGCAUCAAAGAACCCACACAGGGGAGAAACUUUUUGAAUGCUCAGAGUGUGGAAAGAGAUUUAGUCAUAGUGGCAAUCUUCCAAGGCAUCUAAGAACCCACACUGGGGAGAAACCUUUUGAAUGCUCAGACUGUGGAAAGAGAUUCAUUGACAGUGGCAAUCUUCAAAGCCAUCUAAUAACCCACACAGGGGAGAAACUUUUUGAAUGCUCAAAGUGUGGAAAGAGAUUCUCACGCAGUGAUUAUCUUCGUAAACACUUAAGAACCCACACAGGAGAGAAACCUUUUCAAUGCUCAGAGUGUGGAAAGAGAUUUAGUGAGAGUGGCAGUCUUCGAACCCAUCUAAGAACCCACACAGGAGAGAAACCUUUUCAAUGCUCAGAGUGUGGAAAGAGAUUCAGUGAGAGCGGCAGUCUUCGAACUCAUCUAAGAACCCACACAGGAGAGAAACCUUUUAAAUGCUCAGAGUGUGGAAAGAGAUUCAGUGAGAGCGGCAGUCUUCGAAGUCAUCUAAGAAGCCACACAGGAGAGAAACCUUUUGAAUGCUCAGAGUGUGGAAAGAGAUUCAGUGAGAGCGGCAGUCUUCGAAGCCAUCUAAGAACACACACAGGGGAGAAACCUUUUGAAUGCUCAGUGUGUGGAAAGAAAUUCAGUCACAGUGGCAGUCUUCGAAGUCAUCUAAGAACCCACACAGGU